AUGAAUCAACUCAAAGAACAAUUGACCAAUAUGCAAAGUGAGCGUCAAACACUCAUUAAGGAAAUUUCAAAACAAAGUGAGAUAAUUAAGCAACUAUCCUCCAAAGUGGAUAAUUUGCAAAACACACAAGUAAUCCAUAGUGCUCAACAUAGCGUUAGAUCAAGUACGUCAAAGGAAUCGCUCAACACCCAACAAACUACUGAGCGUCUCGAUCUAAACAAACAGCUAAAUACUCCAUUGAGCGCUAAUCUACCUGUCUCAAUGAAACCGCCGAAUAAGAAACACAACGCA